AUGGAUUUGAGUUCCAACAAACCCACCGGAAAAGUACUACCAACUCUGGGAAGGCUCAAGAGAUUAGUCUCACUUGAUCUGAGUCAUAACUUUAUUAGUGGGCCUAUUCUUGAAACCCUAUCAUGUUUGGAGCUUUUAGAAUACUUCCUCAUUGAUAAGAACCCCAUAAAAGCAGGGCUGCCCUUGUUCAUUGGUAACCUUAAGAAUCUCAAAUCAAUUAGCAUCUCAAGAUGUGGAUUGACUGGCCCCUUACCCGAUUGUCUCUCUUCCUUGAAGAACCUAACAGGUCUCUCCAUGAGCAACAAUAGUCUGAUUGAACCUGUGCUGCCAAAUUUAGGAUCACUCCCAAACUUAGAUCAGCUGAAUCUGAGUGGGGUUUUGCAGUUUUCGGACGAGUUCAUUGGAAGACUUGGCACGAGGCUAGACGUGAGAGGAAACAGUGGACUCUGCAUAAUGUAUAAGCCAAAGAAGAAGAAGCCCUCUUUGCAGAUGGAAAUCCUUGCUUGUCUGAACAGAAGAGAUAGAAGUGGCAAACCUUUGGCUGAUGCUGGAAUCAAGCCAUCUUGA